AUGCUGAGCGGGGAGCAGGCCAGGCUGAACACAGUGGCCAGUGGGACGACUCCUGCGGUCGGGCGCGAGCCACUGGCACUCAGCUUCCAGCCCGGCACCCUGGAUAACCCCGCCCUGGCACGAUGCUGGAACACGCCCACGCUGCCGCCCUCACGCCACACCCACACCGAGGACGAGCCAGGACUGCCCCCACGACCGCCGCUCCGCCAGGCCGCGUCUGUCGUCACCGCCACCAACAACAAACACAAACUCCGCCCACCGUCGCCGUCGUGUGCACAAACUCACCUGCACAACCCGGCCCAAGCACACCACACCUGCAACCACCUCUCCACCUCUCCACCUCCUGCUAGCAACCUCCUGACCCCUCCAACGCCUCCGCCUGCUCCACCUGCCACGCUUGUUCACCCCCUGACCUGCCUGCCUGCCUGCCUGCUGACUGACUACCUCUCGUUAUCUGUAAUCUGCAACUUGUGA